AGUUAUCUUUGCAGGCGCUUGUGUGAGUCAGUAGCAGCAGAAGGGAACAGAACAGCGGGGCUGCAACAAGAAGGCAGGAGUGGAGUUACACUGAAACCUGAAACUUUCCACUCAGAGAGCAUUUAUCAACUGGACUCUUUGCGCUUUUCUCCAUUUUAUUUUUCUCUUGAAGCAGGUCUGUUCUAUUCUACAGUGAAAGCUUCAUUGUCAGCUGCAUUUUACUUUUAUUCUGCAGACUCUCCUCUGUUGUGAACAAUGAGGUCCAUUGAACCAUUGUGCCGUUGGAGAAUCAUCCCUCUGGCUUUGACCAUGGCACUGGUGUCUUUGAGCAAAGCCUCUGAGUAUGAAUACCUGAGCUGGAAAUCGGACAUGUACAAUGGUGGCCGCAGCUAUGGCAAGCCUCCUCAGUGUGUGGAUAUCCCAGAGGACCUGAGGCUGUGUCACAAUGUGGGCUACAACCAGAUGCUGCUGCCUAACCUACUGGAGCAUGAGACUAUGGCUGAGGUGAAGCAGCAGGCGGGCAGCUGGGUGCCCCUGGUGCAUAAGAGCUGCCACCCGGGUACCCAGGUGUUCCUCUGCUCCCUGUUUGCCCCAGUGUGCCUGGAGCGCCCCAUAUACCCCUGCCGCUGGCUGUGUGAGGCUGUACGGGACGGCUGCACCCCUAUCAUGGAGUCGUUCGGCUUCCCCUGGCCUGAGAUGCUCACCUGCGACAAGUUUCCUCAGGACGAAGUCUGCAUUGCCAUGACUGCACCCAAUGCCACUGAAGCCACAAAACCCACAGGUUACUCCCCCAUCUGUCCCCCAUGUGACAACGAAAUGAAAACAGACAUCAUUCUAGAGCACAUGUGUGCCAGCGAGUUUGCCAUCAAGACCAAGAUCAAGGAGGUGAGACGGGAAGGAAUGGACCGCAAGGUGAUUCUGCAGAAAAGGAAGAAGCCAUUGAAACUGGGCCACCUGAAGAAGAAAGACCUAAAGAAUCUGGUUCUGUACCUGAAGAACGGAGCCGACUGCCCCUGCCAGCAGCUGGACAACCUGGGCAACACCUACCUGAUCAUGGGCCGCAAGGUGGACAAGCAGUUCCUCCUGACGGGCAUCCACAAGUGGGACAAGUCCAGCAAAGAGUUCAAAAAGGCCAUCAAGAAACUCAAGACCCACAAGUGUCCAGCUUUCGAGAAUGUCUUCAAAUAAUCAGACCAAGCCUUUCUAGAAGCAUCUCAUCAUCAUGCUACAGAAGAACUUGCACAACCAAACAACCCACCUUUGUUUAGCUUUUUAUUGUUUUGUUUAUACAUCUAUAUAUAUCUCUUUGUAUAUUUACAGACCUGCUUUAAAUUUCCUGUCGUCCACUUUCCAGUUAAGCAGUGUGAUCAUUGAGACCUGGUGGGUUUCCAGUUAUCUGAAAAAGUAAAUGACACUGCAGCCCCCUCCUCCUGUACUGAAAGCGUUUCCACUUUUGUAUGUAGAUAUUUGUGUUACACACUCCCUGAAUGUGCAGUAAAAAGACCACAAUUCAGUGAGUUCUGCUGAAAUGGAUGGACUUGCUCCUAUUGCUCUGAACAUGUAUUAGUAGAUCAUAGAAUUUACAAUUAGAUCAUAUUGAAUCGAUCAUACAGAAUCAACAAUUACUUGUAUUUUAGCUUUAAAAGCCACGUCGUAGAUAAGGUCAUUGAAUAACUUGUUGACAAUAGUAUGAUAGUGUGUUUUCACCGGAUUGUCUCAUCAAAAUAAUGACUGCACUACAGUUGAUUUUAAGAAUUGCAUCCUCUCUUCAGUUGCCUCUUUUUGUUUCACAUUUUCUUUGACUUGAAAAAAAAAAAUAUACACAUGUUAAUCCAAUCAAUUCCAGUACA